UUGGGACUCAUAGCAGUCGCAAUAUGUACUGACAAUUGGUACGAGACGGAUGCGAGGAGGCACAAGGAACGUUGUAAGAAUUAUUCCAACAAAAGAAACGACCCUGGAUUCAUCUAUAUCUCCAACCAGAACCUCCCACUCCGUAUGCUACCGAAGGAGAAUAACGUGGAGAGGAAGGGGUCGAGUGGGGGAGUCCUCCUGCGGGCUAAGCGGCACUUUUUGCCCCCUGCCCCGGCCAUGGAGUCCCUCUGCAGUCGGCAGUACAACUCCACAAUCUCCGGGCUGUGGAGGAAAUGUCAUCGAGAGGGAUUCGACCUGGAGACGGAGGAUCUCAUCUUUAAAGGUUUCAUCAUUUGAUCACGUCAUAUCAUACACACUAUACUGUUUAUAUAUAUAUAUAAUGUCAGUGGCGCAAUUGUCUGUUUACAAGGCGUUUUUUAUUCUCACUGAUGUGGUGAACAGAGCGAAUCAUCAUCGGAAUUUGAGCGCUGCAUGAGGCGCUAUCCGAGGUGCUGAAUGCUGAUCUAGCGGUUAGCGGUCCGCCCACAUUCAAGGCCUACGCAGCAGCAACAACAACAACAACACGGCUUUUCAUCCAUCAUUUGAUAAUGUGACACCAAUGUUGAUGUUUGAUUUAUUUGUGUCAUCUCAACGUUGUGUCAGUGUGUUCAUGGGGUCGCAUUGUACUAGAAUUGGCACCAUUUCUUUUUUGGUGUUUUUGGAGAUAAACCUAUAGGCUACAGAGCCGCAGCUAAGACGGGAGGCCAAUGUAAAAACACUGAAUAUAAACACUGAAUGUGAAUAUAUGUGGUGAAACUAUGGUUCAUGCUGCUAGCCAUUUUAUUUUUUUUAUCAGGUAGGCUACACAUGCAAUAAUAUUUGUAAUUUCAAUAUGGCCUCUCCAUGUGAAACUAUGUUGUUUUUGUUCCUUCUCUGUAGGUUUGGUUCAGCGCUGCACACCAAUAAAAUACUACUACUCCUCUUUAGCCCUCCCCAGAAAUCUGAACAUCAAUAUAACCAAGACUAUUCGUCAGGAUGAGUGGCAUGCGCUCCGUAAGUUACCGCGGUAACCCUUUCAAUCUCCAUCUGGUGAAUUAGAAAGGUCUACAAUGGCAGCUAUGGUUGGAAAUAUGGAGGGGUUAGGGAUGGGUGGGAACCCCCAUAACAAAUCUGGGUCACACUUUAUUUAGAUAGUCCAGAUUGUCAUACUAUCAACAAAAAAAAAACGAUCUGUUGAUAAACAACUGCUUGCUAAGGUUAUGGUUAGGGUUCGGUUUGGAAUAAGGGUUAGGGUUAGGGUUAGCAGACAGUUAUUUGAAAUGUUACUGAUAGUCUGUAGAGCAUCUACAGAUGGACUAUCCAAAUAAAGUGUUACCCAAAUCAGCCCCUCCCCCGUCCAUUAGAAUUGAAAUAGCAAUGUGGGCCCUCCCACAAUUGUCAAAGAUAUUGACAUCAAUUACUCCCAAGACACAUUGAGCACCCUCAACAGUCAAGGUGUAAUUCCAAACCUUCCGUCUAACUAACUUGGCACCACCACAGCAAAAUAAAUGAUUUUUAUAUCAUGUUGACAUAUUAAUUUCUUCAUCCAAUUCCUCUCUCCCUGUGUAGACCUGCAGAGAAUGACAGCCAGUUUCAUCGGCAUGGCCGUGUCCAUCAUCCUGUUUGGCUGGGUGAUUGGAGCUCUGGGUUGUUGUAAGCAGCAUGACCUGAUGCAGUACGUAGCUGGACUCCUGUUUCUCAUGGGAGGUGAGUUCUGAGAGAGCUGUUUCACUCAAACGCGCGCACAGAUUGCUGUGCAUAGCUGGACUGCUCUUCCUCCUGGGAGGUGAAUGAGAAAUGCUGUACACAGAAUACAUAGCAUCAUCCUACUGGGGGGACAUAUUCUGAAUUCUAAAUCUACCUCUAGUCUAGCCCCUAUACUCACAUAGUGAAAUGUGUUGUUUUACAGGGUCAGCCAAAGUAGUACAGCACCCCUGAAGCAAAUUAGGGUUAUCAAAUCAAAUCAAACAAUAUUUGCCACAUGCGCCGAAUACAACAGCGAAAUGCUUACUUACCUUAACCAACAAUGCAGGUUUAAGAAAAAUAAGUGUUAAGUAAAGUUAAGUGCCUUGCUCAAGGGCACAUCGACAGAUUUUUCACCUUGUCUGCUCAGGUACAGUGGGGAAAAAAAGUAUUUAGUCAGCCACCAAUUGUGCAUGUUCUCCCACUUAAGAAGAUGAGAGAGGCCUGUAAUUUUCAUCAUAGGUACACGUCAACUAUGACAGACAAAAUGAGAAAAAAAAUCCAGAAAAUCACAUUGUAGGAUUUUUAAUGAAUUUAUUUGCAAAUUAUGGUGGAAAAUAAGUAUUUGGUCACCUACAAACAAGCAAGAUUUCUGGCUCUCACAGACCUGUAACUUCUUCUUUAAGAGGCUCCUCUGUCCUCCACUCGUUACCUGUAUUAAUGGCACCUGUUUGAACUUGUUAUCAGUAUAAAAGACACCUGUCCACAACCUCAAACAGUCACACUCCAAACUCCACUAUGGCCAAGACCAAAGAGCUGUCAAAGGACACCAGAAACAAAUUUGUAGACCUGCACCAGGCUGGGAAGACUGAAUCUACAAUAGGUAAGCAGCUUGGUUUGAAGAAAUCAAUCAAUCAAUCAAUCAAUUUUAUUUAUAUAGCCUUUCUUACAUCAGCUAAUAUCUCGAAGUGCUGUACAGAAACCCAGCCUAAAACCCCAAACAGCUAGUAAUGCAGGUGUAGAAGCACGGUGGCUAGGAAAAACUCCCUAGAAAGGCCAAAACCUAGGAAGAAACCUAGAGAGGAACCAGGCUAUGAGGGGUGGCCAGUCCUCUUCUGGCUGUGCCGGGUGGAGAUUAUAACAGAACCAUGCCAAGAUGUUCAAAAAUGUUCAUAAGUGACAAGCAUGGUCAAAUAAUAAUCAGGAAUAAAUCUCAGUUGGCUUUUCAUAGCCGAUCAUUAAGAGUUGAAAACAGCAGGUCUGGGACAGGUAGGGGUUCCAUAACCGCAGGCAGAACAGUUGAAACUGGAAUAGCAGCAAGGCCAGGCGGACUGGGGACAGCAAGGAGUCACCACGGCCGGUAGUCCCGACGUAUGGUCCUAGGGCUCAGGUCUCUCAGUUGGCUUUUCAUAGCUGAUCAUUAAGAGUUGAAAACAGCAGGUCUGGGACAGGUAGGGGUUUCGUAACCGCAGGCUGUGGGAGCAAUUAUUAGGAAAUGGAAGACAUACAAGACCACUGAUAAUCUCCUUCGAUCUGGGGCUCCACGCAAGAUCUCACCCCAUGGGGUCAAAAUGAUCACAAGAACGGUGAGCAAAAAAUCCCAGAACACACAGGGGGACCUAGUGAAUGACCUGCAGAGAGCUGGGACCAAAAGUAACAAAGCCUACCAUCAGUAACACACUACGCCGCCAGGGACUCAAAUCCUGCAGUGUCGUCUUGGUAAGGAACGCCAGUGUAGAUUUGGCCUUGUGUUUUAGGUUAUCGUCCUGCUGAAAGGUACAUUGUCUCCCAUGUCUUGCACGCCAGGGUUGUGGGUUUGAUUCCCACGGGGGCAAGGAAAUAAAAAAAUUUUUAAUUAAAAAGGUUUUUUUUUUUAAAAGGCUACCCAUGCAAUAAAAUUUUGUAAUUUUGACUAUGGGCCCCUUUUUUUUUCUGCCAUUAAAACCUGUUGAAAAUUUUUUUUUCCUUCCUGUAGUUUGGUUCGGGCCUGCCACCAUAAAUACUAUAUCCUCUUAGCCCCCCAGAAUCUAACAUCAAUAUAACCAACCAUUCGUCAGGAUGAUGCAUGCCUCCUAUUACCGGGUAACCCUUUCAAUCUCCAUCUGGUGAAUUAGAAGGUCUACAAGGGCAGCUAUGGUUGGAAAUAUGGAGGGGUUAGGGAUGGGUGGGAACCCCCAUAAAAAAUCUGGGUCACACUUUAUUUAGAUAGUCCGGAUUGUCAUACUAUCAAAAAAAAAAAACGAUCUGUUGAUAAACAACUUCUUGCUAAGGUUAUGGUUAGGGUUGGGUUUUGGGAAAUGGGGGUUUAGGGUUAGGGUUAGCAGACAUUUAUUUGAAAUGUUACUGAUAGUCUGUAGAGCAUCUACAGAGGGGCCUACCCAAAAUAAAGUUUCCCAAAUCAAGCCCCUCCCCCGACCAUUAAAAUUUUGAAAUAGCAAUGUGGGCCCCCCACAAUUGUCAAAGUAUUGACAUCAAUUACUCCCAAGACACAUUGAGCACCCUCAACAUCAGGUGAAAUUUCCCAAAACCCUUUCCCGUCUAACUAACUUGGGGCACCACCACAGCAAAUAAAUGAUUUUUAAUCAUUUUUGAAUUUUAAAUUUUUUCAUCCAAUUCCUCUCUCCCUGUGUAGACCUGCAGAGAAUGACAGCCAUUUUCAUGGGUUGGCUGUGUCCAUCAUCCUGUUUGGCUGGGUGAUUGGAGCUCUGGGUUGUUGUAAGCAGCAUGACCUGAUGCAGUACGUAGCUGGACUCCUGUUUCUCAUGGGAGGUGAGUUCUGAGAGAGCUGUUUCACUCAAACGCGCGCAAGAAUGCUGUGCAUAGCUGGACUGCUCUUCCUCCUGGGAGGUGAAGAGAAAUGCUGUACACAGAAUACAUAGCAUUCAUCCUACUGGGAAGCCAUUAUUCUGAAUUCUAAAUCUUCCCUCUAGUCUAGCCCCUCUACACACAUAGUGAACUGUGUUGUUUUACAGGGUACAGCCACAAAGUAGCCAAGUAGUACAGCAACCCUGGAACGCAAAAUUAGGGUUAUCAAAUAAAUCAAACAAUAUUUGCCCACAUGCGCCGAAUACAACAGUGAAAUGCUUACUUACCUUAACCAAACAAUGCAUGUUUAAGAAAAAUAAGUUUUAAGUAAAGUUAAGUUGCCUUUGCUCACGGGCACAUCCGACAGCUUUUCCACCUUGUCUGCUCAGGUACAAGUGGGGAAAAAACGUUAUUUAGUCAGCCACCCAAUGUGCAAUGUUCUCCCACUUAAGAAGAUGAGAGAGGCCUGUAAUUUAUCAUAGGUAACGUCAACUAUGACAGACAAAAUUGAGAAUUUUUUUCCCAGAAAAUCACAUUGUAGGAUUUUUUAUGAAUUUAUUUGCAAAUUAUGGUGGAAAAGAAGUAUUUGGGUCACCAUACAAACAAGCAAGAUUUCUGGCUCUCACAGACCUGUAACUUCUUCUUUAAGAGGCUCCUCUGUCCUCCACUCGUUACCUGUAUUAAUGGCACCUGUUUGAACUUGUUAUCAGUAUAAAAGACACCUGUCCACAACCUCAAACAGUCACACUCCAAACUCCACAAUGGCCAAGACCAAAGAGCUGUCAAAGGACACCAGAAACAAAAUUGUAGACCUGCACCAGGCUGGGAAGACUGAAUCUGCAAUAGGUAAGCAGCUUGGUUUGAAGAAUCAACUGUGGGAGCAAUUAUUAGGAAAUGGAAGACAUACAAGACCACUGAUAAUCUCCCUCGAUCUGGGGCUCCACGCAAGAUCUCACCCCGUGGGGUCAAAAUGAUCACAAGAACGGUGAGCAAAAAUCCCAGAACCACACGGGGGGACCUAGUGAAUGACCUGCAGAGAGCUGGGACCAAAGUAACAAAGCCUACCAUCAGUAACACACUACGCCGCCAGGGACUCAAAUCCUGCAGUGCCAGACGUGUCCCCCUGCUUAAGCCAGUACAUGUCCAGGCCCGUCUGAAGUUUGCUAGAGUGCAUUUGGAUGAUCCAGAAGAGGAUUGGGAGAAUGUCAUAUGGUCAGAUGAAACCAAAAUAUAACUUUUUGGUAAAAACUCAACUCGUCGUGUUUGGAGGACAAAGAAUGCUGAGUUGCAUCCAAAGAACACCAUACCUACUGUGAAGCAUGGCGGUGGAAACAUCAUGCUUUGGGGCUGUUUUCCUGCAAAGGGACCAGGACGACUGAUCCGUGUAAAGGAAAGAAUGAAUGGGGCCAUGUAUCGUGAGAUUUUGAGUGAAAACCUCCUUCCAUCAGCAAGGGCAUUGAAGAUGAAACGUGGCUGGGUCUUUCAGCAUGACAAUGAUCCCAAACACACCGCCCGGGCAACGAAGGAGUGGCUUCGUAAGAAGCAUUUCAAGGUCCUGGAGUUGCCUAGCCAGUCUCCAGAUCUCAACCCCAUAGAAAAUCUUUGGAGGGAGUUGAAAGUCCGUGUUGCCCAGCGACAGCCCCAAAACAUUACAUUUACAUUUACAUUUACGUCAUUUAGCAGACGCUCUUAUCCAGAGCGACUUACAAAUUGGUGCAUUCACCCUAUAGCCAGUGGGAUAACCACUUUACAUAUUAUUAUUAUUAUUUUAUUUUUUUUUGGGGGGGGGUAGAAGGAUUACUUUAUCCUAUCCCAGGUAUUCCUUAAAGAGGUGGGGUUCAAAUGUCUCCGGAAGGUGGUGAGUGACUCCGCUGUCCUGGCGUCGUGAGGGAGCUUGUUCCACCAUUGGGGUGCCAGAGCAGCGAAACAGUUUUGACUGGGCUGAGCGGGAACUAUGCUACCGCAGAGGAAGGGGAGCCAGCAGGCCAGAGGUGGAUGAACGCAAUGCCCUCGUUUGGGUGUAGGGACUGAUCAGAGCCUGAAGGUACGGAGGUGCCGUUCCCCUCACAGCUCCAUAGGCAAGCACCAUGGUCUUGUAACAGAUGCGAGCUUCAACUGGAAGCCAGUGGAGUGUGCGGAGGAGCGGGGGUGACGUGAGAGAACUUGGGAAGGUUGAACACCAGACGGGCUGCGGCAUUCUGGAUGAGUUGUAGGGGUUUAAUGGCACAGGCAGGGAGCCCAGCCAACAGCGAGUUGCAGUAAUCCAGACGGGAGAUGACAAGUGCCUGGAUUAGGACCUGUGCCGCUUCCUGUGUAAGGCAGGGUCGUACUCUCCGAAUGUUGUAGAGCAUGAACCUACAGGAUCGGGUCACCGCCUUGAUGUUAGCGGAGAACGACAGGGUGUUGUCCAGGGUCACGCCAAGGCUCUUCGCACUCUGGGAGGAGGACACAACGGAGUUGUCAACCGUGAUGGCGAGAUCAUGGAACGGGCAGUCCUUCCCCGGGAGGAAGAGCAGCUCCGUCUUGCCAAGGUUCAGCUUGAGGUGGUGAUCCGUCAUCCAUACUGAUAUGUCUGCAAGACAUGCAGAGAUGCGAUUCGCCACCUGGUUAUCAGAAGGGGGAAAGGAGAAGAUUAGUUGUGUAUCGUCAGCGUAGCAAUGAUAGGAGAGGCCAUGUGAGGAUAUGACAGAGCCAAGUGACUUGGUGUAUAGCGAGAAUAGGAGAGGGCCUAGAACUGAGCCCUGGGGGACACCAGUGGUGAGAGCACGUGGUGCGGAGACAGCUUCUCGCCACGCCACUUGGUAGGAGCGACCGGUCAGGUAGGACGCCAAUCCAAGAGUGAGCCGCGCCGGGAGAUGCCCAGCUCGGAGAGGGUGGAGAGGAGGAUCUGAUGGUUCACAGUAUCAAAGGCAGCAGACAGGUCUAGAAGGACAAGAGCAGAGGAGAGAGAGUUAGCUUUAGCAGUGCGGAGAGCCUCCGUGACACAGAGAAGAGCAGUCUCAGUUGAAUGACCAGUCCUGAAACCUGACUGGUUUGGAUCAAGAAGGUCAUUCUGAGAGAGAUAGCAAGAGAGUUGGCUAAAGACGGCACGCUCAAUAGUUUUGGAAAGAAAAGAAAGAAGGGAUACUGGUCUGUAGUUGUUGACAUCAGAGGGAUCGAGUGUUGUUUUUUUGAGAAGGGGUGCAACUCUCGCUCUCUUGAAGACGGAAGGGGACAUAGCCAGCGGUCAAGGAUGAGUUGAUCAGCGAGGUGAGGUAGGGGAGAAGGUCACCGGAGAUGGUCUGGAGAAGAGAGGAGGGGAUAGGGUCAAAGCGGGCAGGUUUGUUGGGCGGCCUGCAGUCACAAGUCGCAAGAUUUUAUCUGGAGAGAGAGGGGGAGAAAGAAAGUCAAAGCAUAGGGUAGGGCAGUGUGAGCAGGACCAGCAGUGUCAUUUGACUAACAAACGAGGAUCGGAUGUCGUCAACCUUCUUUUCAAAGUGGUUGACGAAGUCAUCCACAGAGAGGGAGGAGGGGGGGGGGGGGGGGGAAGGAGGAUUCAGCAGGGAGGAGAAUGUGGCAAAGAGCUUCCUAGGGUUAGAGGCAGAUGCUUGGAAUUUAGAGUGGUAGAAUGUGGCCUUAGCAGCAGAAACAGAUGAUGAAAAUGUAGAGAGGAGGGAGUGAAAAGAUGCCAGGUCCGCAGGGAGUCUAGUUUUCUUCCAUUUCCGCUCAGCUGCCCGGAGCUCUGUUCUGUGAGCUUGCAAUGAGUCCAUCAAGCCACGGAGCUGGAGGGGAGGACCGAGCCGGCCGGGAGGAUAGGGGACAUAGAGAGUCAAAGGAUGCAGAAAGGGAGGAGAGGAGGGUUGAGGAGGCAGAAUCAGGAGAUUGGAGGGAGAAGGAUUGAGCAGAGGAUGGAAGAGGAGAGAGUCACUGCUCUAGAGGAGAUCUGCAUGGAGGAAUGGGCCAAAAUACCAGCAACAGUGUGUGAAAACCUUGUGAAGACUUACAGAAAACGUUUGACCUGUGUCAUUGCCAACAAAGGGUAUAUAACAAAAUAUUGAGAAACUUUUGUUAUUGACCAAAUACUUAUUUUCCACCAUAAUUUGCAAAUAAAUUCAUUAAAAAUCCUACAAUGUGAUUUUCUGGAUUUUUUUUCCUCAUUUUGUCUGUCAUAGUUGACGUGUACCUAUGAUGAAAAUUAUAGGCCUCUCUCAUCUUUUUAAGUGGGAGAACUUGCACAAUUGGUGGCUGACUAAAUACUUUUUUCCCCCACUGUAUUUGAACCAGUAGCAUUUUGGUUACUGGCCCAAUGCUCUAGCCGCUAGGAUAGGCUAGGCUACCUGCCCUGCCCUCUGAUUGGCUGGGUGGGAAUUCAGAAAUCAUUCUAAUACCAUCGACAAAUGCAUGAAACGGUCUUGUAUAAACUGCCCAUGUAUAGAGGAUGGCCAGGAAGUCAAAUGUGUGUUGGGGGAAAACACUCCCUAUUUCAUGGAAUAUUAACUUAUCUCCUCUCUCCCCUUCUCUACCGCUCUCUCUCUCCCUCCUCUCUCCCUCUCUCUCCUGCUCUCUCUCUCUCUCUCUCUCUCUCUCUCUUGCUUCCCCCCCCCCAUCAGGAACAUGCUGUAUCAUCUCUCUGUGUACAUGUGUAUCAGGGAUCAACUUUGAACUGUCCCGUUAUCCUCGCUACAUGUAUGGGAUCCCAGAAGACAUCAGUCAUGGUUAUGGUUGGUCCAUGUUCUGCGCAUGGGGGGGCCUAGGUCUCACCCUAUUGGCCGGCUUCCUGUGCACCCUGGCUCCUUCCCUCUACCCCCCUGUCCCUCACACUAUGGUAGAGAGGCCGCAACGCAAGCCCCGACAUGAGAACGGCUGUGUGUGACACCAUAGAAAUAAAGUACUAUUUGAGUUGAA